AUGGAGGCGGUUAUCGAGGCCACGUACCGCAGCCUCUGCGACGGGCGGCAGGCCUCCGUGGGCUUCAAGACGAACCAGGGCCACAGCGUGCACCACGCGCGCAUCAUCGAGCGCCGCACGGGCACCACCAUUCUCUACCUCUUCCGCCGGAACCUCCUUCGCCACGAGAUCAGUAAGAACGCCAACACGCAGCUCAAGGACGCCCUCGCGCAUCCGAAGACGGCGGCCGAGCUCGCCUCCGCGCGAGGCAACGUGACGCUCUUCGAGGGCGCGGAGCUCGUCUCGGACAUGGUCAAGAGGCUCGAGGCGCGCGCGAAAGUCGUCGGCUACUACGCGGGCAUCCCGUCGCUGUUCCUCGCGUACGAGGACCUCGUCCCCGGCUCGAGCGACGCGGAGGCGCGGUGGGCCGCGGUCUUCGAGGUCCUGCGCGCGAGCGCGAACGCGACGAUGAAGACGCCGAAGAGGCCGCUCGUCGCCAUUCACCAGACGCGCGCGAUCCUCGGCGACGUCGACAACGCCGCGGCGGUCCGAGACACGAUGCGCUCCGUCUGCUCGCCGGAGGUCAGCUUCGGAGGCGCGUGCGAAGAGGUCCUCGCCGGAGCCGCCGCCGCUCCCGACAAAGCCAUGCGGUCCGUCCUGAAGCGCUACGCGGCGGCGAACGCGGCGCUCGCGGCCGCGGCGGCGACCGCGGCGCUCGCGCCCCACGAGGGCAGGCGAACGUCCGUUCGCGCCCACGCCGACGCCGCGCCGUGCCGGCGCCUCGAGGCGGCGCUGACGCGCGACGACGCGGGCCGCCGCGCCUCGGCGCUGCGCGACUGCGGCGCCUGCCUCGCCCACCUCGACGCCGCCAUGGACGCCUACUUCGAGUUCCUGCCGCUCGUGUCGGCGCGGCUCUUCCAGCUCCAGGUCUACGGCUGGGCCGACGGACGGACGGGCAACGCGUCCGCGUUCCGCGCGCUCGCGGACCGCCGCGCGGCGCUGGCCGCGCGGGCCGACCCGGCGCUCGCGCGGCCCGCGGCGGCGCGGCGGCGCAUGGACGCGAGCGUCGCGAACUACGGCCAGUGCGCGCGCAGCGGGCGGCGCCUCGCCGCCGGCGCGGACCCGCGCGAGGACUGCGGCGCCGCGGCCGCGCGGGAGCCAAACGGGACCGCGUCGCUGCUCGCGCACCUGCACCUGACGUUCCACGGGGGCACGGCCCUCCUCGACCUCAUCAAGUCGUCGACGUGCAUGCUCCUGCCGAAGACGUGCGCGGCGAACGCGAACGUCCGCCCGGACAAGCGCGGCGCGGUCGACCUCCUGGCGGUGACGGCGGCGGCGAACCGGUGCAACGACCAGCGCUGCGGGAAGAACUUCGCGAGCCUCGCGGCGCCCGACGACGACGGCGCGGUGGCGGCGCCCGUCGACGCCGUAUUCUUCGAGCCGUCGCUGCCGCGGCACGUCGCGCUGCGCUGGCUCGACUCUCCCAAAAUCGUCUUCUCGACGGUCGCGCGGCACCCGUCGUUCUUCGCGCUCACAAGGGGCCUCCAGGCGGGCAAGCACCCGGACUUUCUGCUGCACGCGUGGCAGGGCAAGAGCCCGCCGCCGUCGUACUGCACAGUCCUCGCGGAAACGCACGUCAACGAGGUGCGGCGCCGCGUCGACGCCGGCGCCAUCGAGGCGCCCAAGGGCCUCGACGCCUGCCUGCGGGGGGGCAGGGCCUCGCGGGCGCCGAACGCGACGCGCGCGGACCUCGCCGCGGCGCGCGCGAAGAUGGCCCGCUUCGCGGUCGUCGUCGUCGCCGAGGAGUACGCCGAGGGCCUCCGCGGCUUCUGCCGGCGCCUCGGCUGGCCGAGCUGCGCGGGCACGCGCCACCGGUGGAACCCGCCGCCCGAGGUGAAGGCGGCCGCGGACCGCGUCGGCCGGCGGCUCCGGCCCGCGCCCGCGCCGCACCACGGCGCCGAGGCGGCCCUCGGCCACUACGGCCUCGACCGGGCCGCGUUCGCCGCCCUCGUCGACGCGAGCCAGCUGAGCCUCGAGCUCUACUUCUUCGCGCGCGAGCUCAACCGCGCGGACCACCGCGAGCUCGGCCUCCGGCCGCCGUCGACGGGCCUGGCCGCGCCGGGCGAGUUCGAGGGCGCGACGUCGGCCUCGCGGACGGGCACGUGGUCGUUGAUCUCCGUGAGGAGGCCCGACAGCUGGUCCACGGGCAGGUGGCCCGACGCGUCCUUGUCGUACUUCUCGAAGAGCUCCGUGAGCUCCUUGUUCGCGUGCUUGAUCGCGAUCAUCGCCGACAGCGCCUUCGGCAGCUCGUCGACGGACCUCCACUCGCUGCGCGCGAGGGAUGCCGCGCUCGACGCCUUGGCGAGCGAAAUAAUCGAGCGCGCGGCGCGGCUCGCGGCCGCGGCGCUCGAGCCCGCCGACGCGGCGGCCCUCGCGGCCCUCGGCGGCGCCGUCCUCGUCACGGGCGCCGCGGGCUACCUCGGCGCGGCGCUCUGCGGCGCGCUCGGCCGCCUCGGCGUCGCCCACGUCGGCGUCGACGUCGUCGCCGGGCCCGCGGUGCGCAAGCGCCACGACGUCGCCGACGCGGCGGCCCUGCGCGCGUCGGCCGCGGGCUGCGCCGCCGUGCUCCACGCGGCGGCACUGCACGCGCCGCACGCGUCGUCGCGGCACGCGGACGACUUCGUCCGAACGAACGUCGAGGGCACGCGGAACGUGCUCGCGCUCGGGCUGCCCGCGGUCCACACGUCGACGACGUCGCUCACCAUAACGCCGCGCGUGAAGCGCCGCGAGCAGGCGGGGGAGCUCGUCUGGCUCGACCACGCGUCCGCGGAUCCGACCGCGGCCGCGGCCGGCGACGACGCGCCGCGGAACAAAUACGGGCGGACGAAGCUCGCGGCGGAGCGGCUCUGCGUCGCCGCGGCGGCGGACGUCGUCGUGCUGCGGACGCCGCGGUUCUUUCCCGAGGCGCCCUUCGAGGACGGCGGGGAUCUUCCGAAUUUCAAGGCGAACGAGCUCCUCGGGCGGCGCGCGGCGCUCGUCGAUUUGGUCGACGCCCACCUGCGGGCGCUCGCGCGCGUCCGGGCGCUGCGCGGCCGCGUGCUCACGCUCUGCGCGCCGACGCCGCUGGCCCGCGGCCUCGCGCCGCGCGCCGCGGCGGCGCGCGUCCGCGACACGUGGCCGCGGGCCGAGGAGCUCUUCGCCCGCCGCGGCUGGCGCCUCGCGGACGCGAUCACGCGCGUCUACGACCCGAGCGCCGCGAUGGACGCGCUCGCGUGGCGGCCGCGCGUCACGUUCGCGUCGGUGCUGAGGGCGCUCGACGGGGAGGUCGUCGACGAGGCCGCGGCGCUGGAGAUCAGGAAGAAGGCGAGCCCGAGCACGGAGGACUUCGCGGAGGACCUGCCCUCGGCGGCCGUCUUCGACCACGAGGCGCGCGCGCAGGCCCUCGAGGAGAUGGCCGCGCUGGAGCGGGCCCUCGAGCUCGAGAUCGACGCGGGCGCGGCGCUCGAGGACGAGGGCCCGUCGCGCGACGCGUCCGUCGCCGACAGCGAGGAGGACGCGUACGAGCGCGCGCGGCUCCUCGAGACCGCGGAGCUCUGCCGCAUGCGCCUCGCGGAGCACGACCAGCGCGUGCUCGAGCGCGCGGCGUCCUUCGACGACUGCGAGUGCCCGCUGUCGACCGUGCUCCGGGGCGUGCUCUUCGCGCGGGGCCGCCGCAUCGCCGGCGACGGCAUCGCGAGCGACUGGGCCCGGAGCCUCCUGCUCUGCGUCUUCAGGUGCCACGCGGGCCCGGACAAGCGCUGGGGCUUGGAGGAGUGGUGCUGCUUCGUCGCCGACUGCAAGUUCCCGUCGGAGGACGCGCCGCGGCUCUUCAGGCGCGUCGCGCUCCAGCGCGCCGCGGCCGCCGUCGGCGGGCCCAACGACGCCGCGGACGCCUACGACUCCGACGCCUCGGACGACGACGGCGACGGAGACGGCGUCGCGGCGCUCGUCGCCGCCGGAGUGCACGACGUCCGCUUCGAGUUCGGCGGCUUUUAUCGCUUGCUCGAGGAGCUCGCGGCGUCGCGGCGCGCGGCGGCCGGCGCGGACGACGACUCCCGCGACGCGCUCGAGGCGCUCUGCCACGACGUCGUCGUGCCCCUGGCCGCGCAGAUCGGCGCGCGGGGCCCGGACGCGCGCGGCGCGACGCGCGUCGACGGCAACCCGCUCCUCGCGGAGCGCAAGACGCUCCUGCUCCUGGCGACGUACCUGCCGAACCUCUGGCAGCUCUUCACCUUGUACGCGCAGGACGAGCGGGGCCACACGGCGCCGCGGGGCAACGCGUCGCGGUCGCGGGCGCUGGGCUUCCCGCACCUCGCGCAGGCCGCGGAGCACGCCGUCGCGGGCGUCGAACUGCGGGACCCGGCGUCCGUCGAGUUCGGGCCCCGGGCCCGCGACAUCGAGGCGACGGCGCUCGGCUCCUCGGCCGAGCACUGCCGGUCCGUCGCGUUGGCCCUCAACGAGGACCGCUUCCUGCGCCUCUGCGAGGAUCUCGCCUUGGUGCCCGCGGUGGCGACGGCCGCGUUGGGCCGAAAAUGCUACAAGGACGCGCGGAAGCCGCGCCUCGGCUGCGAGCUCGGCGAGGCCGCGUCGCCGGCGAAGAAGCGCGCGAGCCCGACGAAGAAGCCCCGCCCCCACUUCCAGUCGCCCAUCCUGCGGACGACGGCGGCGCACCGCCGCCGCAUGCUCGCGACGGCGUCCCAGACGUCGAGCCUCCACGCGACGCGCGACGGCCACGCGCGCGCGACGCCGCGGUCCAAGGCCGUCCGGGCCAACGUGAGCCUCGCGCUCGAGCAAACCAAGGCGCGGGGCCCGCGGAGCGUCGCGUCGACGCUCGCGCGCGAGAUCGACCUGACCACGGAGGCGUGCCCGGGCCUGAGCUUCUGCGAGUUCGUCGACGCGCUCCUCUCCGUCGCCGACGGCGCCAUCGGCGCCCGGGGGAGACUCAAGGCCCUCUACCCGACGCCCCACGACCGCGCCGUCGCGCUCCUCGCCGUCUGGGGCGCCGCGGACCCGAACAAGUUCGACCUCGUCGCCGGCUGCGUCGCGAGCCACUGCCACGCGAACACGGGAGAGCACCGUUAG